GAGGAAGUCGGGGGAGGCGCGGGAGCGUGGGGCCUGCGGGGCCGGGCGGACGCCAUGGGCCGGCUGCACUGCACACAGGACCCCGUGCCCGAGGCCGUGGGCGGCGACAUGCAGCAGCUGAACCAGCUGGGCGCGCAGCAAUUCUCAGCCCUGACUGAAGUGCUCUUCCAUUUCCUAACUGAGCCAAAAGAGGUGGAAAGGUUUCUGGCUCAGCUCUCCGAAUUUGCCACCACCAACCAGAUCAGUCUUGGCCCCCUGAGAAGCAUUGUGAAGAGCCUCCUCCUGGUUCCAAAUGGUGCCUUGAAGAAGGGUCUCACAGCCGAGCAGGUCCGGGCCGACUUCAUGACUCUGGGUCUCAGUGAGGAGAAAGCCGUCUACUUUUCUGAAAAGUGGAAGCAGAAUGCCCCCACCCUCGCUCGAUGGGCCAUAGGUCAGACUCUGAUGAUUAACCAGCUUGUAGAUAUGGAAUGGAAAUUUGGAGUGACGUCUGGGAGCAGCGAACUGGAAAAAGUAGGAAGUAUUUUUUUACAAUUAAAGUUGGUCGUUAAGAAAGGAAAUCAAACAGAAAAUGUAUACAUAGAAUUAACCUUGCCUCAGUUCUACAGCUUCCUGCACGAGAUGGAGCGAGUCAGAACCAGCAUGGAGUGUUUCAGCUGAUUUCUGUCCCCGCCUUGCAUCUCCACCUCGCCCCCUCCCUGUCCCCUCCUCCUCUUUCCCGGUGACCUGCUCUGAGAGGCUACUGGGCUCCCAGGCCUGUGGCCUCUCCUCUGGGCCUGCCUGCCUCUUGGGAGCCCAGGUGCAAAGUUUCUGAAAAACAAAGGAUUAAGUGCUUUAGGAGCCCGGACAGGAUGACCCUGAAGAGUCUUCAUGAGGCACCCUCCACCACCUAUCUCCCAGGUCACUGUUUAGAUAUUCAGAAAGGUGAUUGCAUCUCAGAUGCAGGGAGGAGGUAAGUCAAGUCACCUCCCCUUCAAAGCUCCAGAGUACACAAAUGGUCUGUUGCUCAAGAUAUCAACACUGAUGACCUUCUCCACAAGACAGCAAGGGCUUAUUUAUGACUAAGGAAGAGGUGGAUUUCAUGAAUGACCCAAAGGGAGCUCCCAGCAGAGUUCCUACAGGAGUUUGUGGUGGUGGAGCCUUGCUGAUCGGUCUUUAGUGGACACCUGUGUAAAAGUAUGGGCUGGGUCUGCUCUGAAAAAAAAAAAACAGGCUUCACUUCAGGUUUUGCCCCGUUGUGUGUAAUGAGGCGGGCCUUUUGAGGUUACUUCAGCUUGUUUUGGUUCAAGCUGACCUUCUGUGGUGGUUAGAUGAAGAAUAAAGAAGAUUCUGAAGAACAGGUCUGCAUCUGGUUGUCUGCGUGCAUGGAUUAAAGAGUCAUUUCCCUUGCAGAGAACUAGUGCUCUCAUCUUCAAAAAUUAUCUUCCUGGUUUUAGUGAGGGCUCUGGGUCUUCAGUGAAAUUCACUGUAGUCCCAAGUAGGCAUUUGUAAGAGCAGUUCAGGGGAAACUCAGGUCAAAAAUAUGAAAAGUAGAGUAGAUGAAUACUUUGUGUUCAGAUAACUUUAGUACCAACCUGUCAUGGACUUCUCCUCCUCCUACCUCUCCCCU